AUGAGCCUUGGAUUAAAAAUAGCUAAUGUAGACAGCACUUCUCGUUCGCCUGGAACGAAUGGCAUCUCUUCACAGCCUGAAGAAAAACCAAGGAAUGCAAGAAGAUACACUAAACAAGAACAGGAAACUAGAACCCAACAAAGAGACAAAAACAAGUUGAGAGUGGGAACAUUAAAUGUAAUAACCUUGACAGGAAAUACUGAAGAGAUUGUAGACAUGAUGGAGAGGACAAAGAUUCAUAACCUUGGAUUGAGUGAGACCAAGUGGAAAGGAAAAAAACUCUUAAAAUUGCUGAGAGGUGAGUACAAAUUAUUCUGGCAGGAUCACAAUAAAGAGGCAAAAAAUGAAGUGGGAUUUGUGUUUCACAAAGACAUUGACCCAGUUACAGAUGUGAGCUUCGUAAGUGAAAGGAUAAUUAGGGCAAGAGUGAACUUGGGAAAGACUAGUUUUACUAUACUCCAAGUGUACGCACCGCAGCAAGGGUGCAGUGAGGAAGAAAAAACAAAAUUCCUUGAAGAAUUGGAAGACCAAGUAAGAGAAGAUAACAUUAUGAUAAUUGGGGAUCUGAAUGCUCAGAUCGGCACGGAUAGAAAUGGAUAUGAGGGGGUGACAGGCCCUUUUGGAUACGGAUGA